GUGACACAACCAUCCCAGAAGAAUUUCAUAACCAACCAUUCUCACAGAUCUCCAUGUUCCUCGCUUUGAAAUUCUUUUAACAUCUGAAUACCAAAUAACACUAUUAUCAUAAUCAUCAAUUUCGUCCAAGAGACAACAUUGUAUUGCUCUCCUUAGACAAAUGGAUGAGGAGCGCAAGGUAUACACUUUGGCCCAAGUAUCUGAGCACAACACCUCCAAAGAUUGCUGGCUCAUAAUUGAUGGCAAGGUUUACAAUGUCACAAAGUUCUUAGAUGAUCAUCCUGGUGGGGAUGAUGUCUUGGUGUCUUCCACAGGGAAAGAUGCCACUGAUGACUUUGAGGAUGUUGGUCACAGUAAAGGUGCUAGAGCUAUGUUGGAUGAUUUAUAUAUUGGAGACAUUGAUCCAUCAACCAUCCCUACCAAGGUUCAGAACACUCCUCCAACACAACCUCAAAAUAAUCAGGACAAGACAUCAUCAUCGUCGUCAUCAUCAUCAGACUUCAUGACCAAGCUGCUCCAGUUUCUACUUCCCCUGCUUAUCUUGGGUGUUGCGCUUGGUAUUCGUUUCUACAACACCAAAUCAACAUAGCCACUGAAAAUGCAUGAGCAUUUGAAUUUUGUUCAAUCCUUACUUUCAAAUUCAGCUUGUUUUGUUUUAUGGAACUACCAUUAUAUAGGAUCAGUAGGAUAUACCAUUAUGUUUUCCUUGUCACUGUCAUUUGUUGUUGAAUUUCUGGUUGUCUUACCCUUUCCUAGAUAAGCUUGUAGAACAGUUUUCUGCUCUUUAAAGUUCUGGUAGUUUUAGAAUUUGAAUUGUAUGAGAU